AUGCAGCUCGCACGAAAAGCCGUAUACACUCCUCACGAGAACGAGAGUGGGAGAUUUUGGCUAAAAUUCGGAGGACGCACCAUCAACUUUAUCAUGACCAACGAGAAGCAGGAUAAGAAUGAUGCCGAUGAUCCAGGCUCAGAGCCACUCAGAGGACCAUUCGAAAGGGGCAUGUGGGUUGGAUUUGGCACGAGGAACUUCAAGGAUGAGAAAGUAGGAAACAAGGAAGAUACGAACAAGAUCAGUGAGAUGGAUGAUAAAGGCCUUGAUAUGAAGUGA